AUGGCUGACAUUUGUCCUUUCACAGGUACACCAGUCAACCAAUACUCUGACCUCCGGCUAGAAACAGCUUUCGACACAGUCUUUCAACGGAAAUCGUAUCACGUCUCUGGAAGCCCGGGCUCUGAGACCCAUUGCGGUAUCGUCCCGGGGGAGCUGAGUGAUGGGCUAUCUGAGACCCCGUGUGGCCUCGACCCAGAGGAGUGGGGUUGCCCCGUGAAGAGGAAUCUGAGGGCAUUCUUGACGUCUGAUUGCGCGCAAGCGUAUCACGUCUUUGGGGAGGUGAAGGAUGGGCUAUCUGAGACCCGGCGUGGCCUCGUCCCAGAGGGGGAGGACUCCGAUGGCAGACAGGGGGAGGAUACGGUACAUAGGACAGUCACCCACCGAGGGUAUGGGCUUACAUCCUACGCGAUGGGAGGUGGAGGAUAA